UGUCUAUCUGUCUGUUACUGUGAAACUUCGUUAUCUGAGUAGUUUUCUUUUUACCCUUACAAGUUUAUUUGCUUUGGAUCCAUCCCUCCACAAGACCAUACCUUUGUUUUCUUUUAUAUAUAUUUGGUUUUUGUGCCCACGCUUAGCAGCUCCAACAAAGAAAGACAUUGCAUUUUAAAAACUCUUUCUUUCUUUCUUUCUUUCAAGUAGUCCACCUGCAAGAUUUCUGCCAACUUGACUUCUCUACUCAUCAUCUUCUGUUUUCAAUCUUAUGGAAGAUUAUUAUUAUUCUAGGAAUCAUGUACCAGCCUUUGGAAGCUGGGAUUGGAACAAUGAUCUUCCUUUUACUCAGUGCUUUGAAUCUGCUAGACAAGCUGGGUUGCUUCGUUACAGUUACUCUGAGGAUCGGGAUUUAUAUGUUGCUGGUGAUUUGUAUGAAAAUGAUGUCGUCACUCCGGCCAUGAUUGUUGUUCCUCGCCGAAGGGGAAAAGUACGUCACCCCCGUGUCAAAGAAGAGAAAAAGCAGCAAAGUUGGGUGGUUGGUGACGUGAAAGAACCACCGAGCCCCACUGCUGCAGCUCCUCCUCCGCCUAAUCCUACGGUGACUAGACCAAGAACAACACCUAAGCCUGUUGAUGAAGACCUAUACAAAAUCCCACCAGAGCUCCUUUAUGCAAAACCCAAAAAGAAGAGAGGUCUAGGCUUCUUUUCAAGCUGCUUGCUGCCAAAUUGUGUGUUGUGAAGCUUGUAGGAGAAGUAAAUACACUUGCGGAUGAGAAGAACAUACAUAAUUAAAACUAAUUAUGUGUUUUUAUGCACUUAUUGGAUUUCCAUGAUAUUAUCAUUGUAGAGCAAUAUAUAACGGUAACUACUACUGGUGUCUAUUUGAAGAAUUUUAUUUUUAAUUGCCCUUUCUUUCGGCUGGACCCAUAAGUAUAUCGAGCAAUUCUUGCCUAAAUCCAAUUCAUAAUAAAUUUAAGACACAAAAUUCAUCUAUUUGUGGUCUAUGUGAACUGGGUUUAGACGAGUUUUUCUCAGUGUGACGUGGAGAAAUGUAUAAUCCCUUUUGUAAGAGAAAUGAAGAGAAGGGAGAGUAAUGAAUGAGUAGUAUUUGAGCAUCUCUUUA